AUGGAAGCAAAUAAAUGUUAUCCUGAGGCAAGAGAUCUUACAUAUGCAGAAUUUUCGGCAAAAUUUGUGUGGAAGAAAAAGGAGAAAUGUUGGAAACCUAGAAAGAAAGGACAAAGUGUCGGACGGAUAGUUUAUGCACAUCCAUCAUGUGGAGAAAGGUUUUAUCUUCGCUUAUUACUGAAUGUGGUCAAAGGACCAACGUCAUUUGACGAUAUACGAGAGUUUAACGGAACAGUUUAUCAAACCUACAAUGAGACCUGUGCAGCAAUGAGAUUAUUAGAUGAUGAUAAUGAAUGGAAACAUGCUAUAGAUGAAGCAUCAUAUUCAUCUUCAGGGCGUCAAAUGAGGCAGUUAUUUGCGCAAAUACUAAUCUUUGGUGAAGUGGUAGAUCCUAAAAAACUGUGGAAUGACAAUUGGAAGUGUCUUACUGAAGGGUUUAUUGAAUUGCAAAGAAAACUGCUCAAUAUGGCAACUUUAGAUAUGACUGAUACUCAGCUUCAGAACCAUGCUCUUUCAGAAAUUCAAGACCUCUUGCUACAAAAUGGUCAGUCCCUACUAAACUUCAGUGGAAUGCCCACACCAGAUCCCCAACUUUUGAAGCAAAGCAAUGAUAAACUUAUAAGUCAGGAGUUAAACUUCAACAGGGAGGAAUUACGAAAGGAACAUGAGAUAUAUUUUCAAGGAUUGAACACUCAACAGCGAGAUGUAUAUAAUGCUGUUAUUGACUCUGUAUACAGCAGAAGUGGGGGACUAUACUUUUUGUAUGGUCAUGGAGGGACUGGUAAAACUUAUGUGUGGAAAUCAAUUUGCACAAAACUUCGUUCUGAAGGAAAAAUAGUCCUUCCAGUAGCAUCCUCUGGAAUAGCAUUGAUACUACUACCAUAUGGUAGAACUGCUCAUUCUCGGUUUAAAAUACCAAUCAUAUUGAAUGAACAUUCAACAUGUGGGAUUAAACAAGGAAGUCCAGAGGCAAAUCUCAUUAAACAGACAGAUCUUAUUAUAUGGGAUGAGGCUCCAAUGAUGCACAGAUUUGCAUUUGAAACAGUUGACAGAACGCUAAGAGAUAUUGUGGGAAAAGAUAAUCCAAUGUUGGCAGAGAAACCUUUCGGUGGCAUAACAGUGGUUCUUGGAGGUGAUUUUAGGCAAAUUCUACCUGUUGUACCAAGGGGCUCAAAACAUGAUAUUAUACAUGCUACUCUCAGUAGAUCUAAGUUAUGGAAUUAUUUUAAAAAUUUUAAAUUGACGCAGAAUAUGAGGAUCCAACAGCAAUCAUCUGAUCAGCUAGGAAUGAAUGCGUCUGAAUUCAGUGAAUGGGUACUUGAAGUUGGUAAUGGGACAUUAUCUUUCAACGAUUGUGAGAAAGAAGAGUCUAAAAUUGCAAUUCCACGACAACUUCUGCUACAACCAACAAGAGAUGCAAUAGAAGAUAUAAUUGCAUCAACAUAUCCAGAUAUUCAACGGAAUUGCUAUAAUCAAAGUUAUUUGGAAGAAAGAGCAAUACUAACUUCAAGAAAUGAGAUAGUUGACAAGAAAUGA